AGUUCCGGUUGGUGUAAAACCCCCGGGGCGGCGGCGGACUGGGUUCAGUCGCUUGUGAGUCGCUGAGGUAUAAGUUCAUUUGCUCGCUGUCCUUGUGGUGUGGUUGGUUGAGCCUGGGAGCGACAGAACCUCGGCAAGGGGAUGGCGGCGGCGGUGAAGACGGCCGCCGCUGUGGGCAGACUUCUGGCUCUGGUGCUGCUCGGGCUCAUGGCGCCCUCGGCCGUGCUGGCUGGCUACAUCGAGGCACUUGCAGCAAAUGCAGGAACAGGAUUUGCUGUAGCUGAGCCUCAGAUUGCAAUGUUUUGUGGAAAGUUGAACAUGCACGUCAAUAUUCAGACUGGGAAAUGGGAGGCAGACCCAACAGGAACCAAGACCUGUUUUGGAACUAGAGAAGAAGUUCUUCAGUAUUGUCAAGAGAUGUAUCCAGAACUUGAGAUCACCAAUGUGAUGGAAGCAAACAAACGGGUUGUUAUUGACAACUGGUGCAAGAAAGGCAAGAAGCAGUGCAAGCCUCGGUCUCACAUUGUUAUUCCCUACAAGUGCAUAGUGGGUGAGUUUGUUAGUGAUGUUCUGCUGGUUCCUGAGAGGUGUCAGUUUUUCCAUAAAGAGAAAACAGAUGUAUGCGAGUAUCAUCAGCACUGGCAUGCUGUAACAAAAGAGGCAUGUAUGUCUCAGGGCAUGACCUUGUACAGUUAUGGUAUGCUGCUACCCUGUGGGCUGGACCAAUUUCAUGGCACAGAGUAUGUGUGCUGCCCCCAAACAAAAGUAAUUGAAUCCAUUUCCUCAAAAGAAGAUGAUGAGGAUGAGGAUGAAGAAGAAGAUGAAGAAGAAGAUGAAGAUUAUGAUAUUUAUAAAAGUGAAUUUCCUACUGAGGCAGAUACAGAAGACUUCACAGAAGCAGCUGUGGAAGAUGAUGAGGAAGAAGGGGAUGAAGAAGAGGAAGAAGAGGAAGAAGAAGAAGAAGAGGAAGAAGUGGUAGAAGAUCGUGAUUAUUACUAUGAUAACAACUACAAAGUAGAUGGCUACAUUGAAGAAACUCCAACUGAACCUAGCAGUGAUGGGACUCUCUCUGAGAAGGAAAUAACUCAUGAUGUUAAAGCUGUCUGCUCCCAGGAAGCGAUGACAGGGCCCUGCCGGGCCGUGAUGCCCCGUUGGUACUUCGACCUCUCCAAGGGAAAAUGCGUGCGCUUUAUAUAUGGCGGCUGCGGAGGCAACAGGAACAAUUUUGAGUCUGAGGACUAUUGUAUGGCUGUGUGUAAAACGAUGAUUCCUCCAACUCCUCUGCCAACCAAUGAUGUUGAUGUAUAUUUCGAGACCUCCGCAGAUGACAAUGAGCAUGCAAGAUUCCAGAAGGCUAAGGAGCAGCUUGAAAUUCGGCAUCGAAAUCGCAUGGACAGAGUAAAGAAGGAAUGGGAAGAAGCAGAGCAUCAAGCUAAGAACCUUCCCAAGGCAGAACGACAGACCCUGAUUCAGCACUUCCAAGCGAUGGUUAAAUCUCUAGAGAAGGAAGCAGCUAGUGAGAAGCAGCAGCUGGUGGAGACUCACUUGGCUCGAGUUGAGGCUAUGCUGAAUGAUCGUCGUCGCAUGGCUCUAGAGAAUUACCUGGCCGCCUUGCAGUCUGACCCACCAAGGCCCCAUCGAAUCCUUCAGGCCUUGAGGCGUUACGUUCGUGCAGAGAACAAGGAUCGCCUGCAUACCAUCCGCCAUUACCAGCAUGUGUUGGCAGUUGACCCAGAAAAGGCUGCCCAGAUGAAAUCCCAGGUAAUGACACAUCUCCAUGUGAUUGAAGAGAGAAGAAAUCAGAGCCUGUCCCUAUUAUACAAAGUACCUUAUGUGGCCCAGGAAAUCCAGGAAGAAAUAGAUGAACUACUUCAGGAACAGCGUGCUGAUAUGGACCAGUUUACAUCAUCCAUUUCAGAGUCUCCAGUAGAUGUCCGAGUUAGUUCUGAAGAAAGUGAUGAGGUUCCACCUUUCCACUCAUUCCAUCCUUUCCCAUCCUUACCUGAGAAUGAAGACACCCAGCCGGAUUUGUACCACCCAAUGAAAAAAGGGUCUGGUGUGGCAGAGCUAGAUGGACUGAUUGGAGCUGAAGAGAAAGUGAUUAACAGCAAGAAUAAAGUGGAUGAGAAUGUGGUCAUUGACGAAACCCUGGAUGUUAAAGAAAUGAUUUUCAAUGCUGAAAGAGUUGGAGGACUUGUGGAAGAGCCGGAGUCUGAAGGAUCACUACGAGAUGACUUCAGCCUGAGCAGCAGUGCUCUCAUUGGCCUGCUGGUCAUUGCAGCAGCCAUUGCCACCGUCAUUGUCAUCAGCCUGGUGAUGCUGAGGAAGAGGCAGUAUGGCACCAUCAGCCAUGGGAUUGUGGAGGUUGACCCAAUGCUCACUCCUGAGGAGCGCCACCUGAACAAGAUGCAGAACCACGGCUAUGAGAAUCCGACUUACAAAUACCUGGAGCAGAUGCAAAUCUAAGUGAUGUGAAAGUGCUGCACUCCUGGUGGGAAAGGAAGUGGUAAAGGAGGGCCAAAAGGGGUCCAGUGUUUGGAUCAACUACUGACCAACUGUUGCUUCAAGAGGAUUUCAUCUUACAUUCAGAACUCCUGGAUCAUUAAGACUAUAAGUACUACUGUAGAGUUGCAAUUUCCAUUCUUUUAAAUGGGUGAAAAAUGAUAAUAUAACUAUAUGAUAUAUAAAUCUUCUUAAAUGAAAUGAAAAUUGAUCUAUUGCAGAUAUAUGACUGUAGUUUUUUCUUUUUUUAAAUUAAUCUGAAAUUUCAAUUCUAUUGUAUUGUCUCACACAAGCUCUCUAUAUAAAUGGAAGAUGUUGAUUUUUAUUUCUGAUAGACUGUAUAUGAAGGUCGUUUGUACCAACUGCAUUGUAUAAAUGAACUUGUAGCUCAUUUAUCAUUCUGGCUUUUAUAUAUAAAAGCAGUAUUCUAACUUUAAAUGAAUUUGUGGAAAGUUGCAAACUGAUCAAAUGAAAGGUGGAGAUGAGGUGCUGGACUAGUGCAGCACGUUGUGUGGCGUCUCUUCAACACUACUUUUUAAAGAAUUAGUUUCUUAGAGAUCUGGUGCUUCCACUGCUGGGUUACUUGGUGUUUGCAUGCACCAAGACAUUUGAAAAACCUAAGGUUGUGUUUCAAGGUCUUUUCUCCAGCAUGAUGUACACAGAUAGGGUGGUAACUGUAACCACUUUUCUCCUUAAGUCUGUUUUCCUUAAAGUCUGUGCAGUUGUGCUCAAUGCUCUGCCAUUCCUCCUUGGUCUGAUUUGUAACCUCCCCCCGCCCCCCCUCCCGCCUCCAAAACAAAUCAAGUUCAUUUGACUUUUCUUCUUCCUUGAACAAAGCUUUGAGUUUUUACCUUCAUUGGCAUUUGCCCUUUUAAACAUGUUUUCAUCUCACUACCUCUCCCUUACCCUUGUCACCAGGUUAUUUGGUGUCCACCUGAAGAAUAUUAUGGUCAUGGCGGGGGAGUUGGGCUGGUUAUAACACUCCGCCCUAGAACCCCUAGUCAUCGGAGGGGGGAAAAACUUGAAUGUUUGCUUUCAUUUGGAAAAAGGAUAGUGCAACUUUUAUAGAAAACUGGAUCUAUAGACACCAUGGAGAGCAGUGAUGAUUUUUGUUUCAUUUACCCUCAUGUCUUUGUAAUGCUUGUAUAGUUGAUGUUGACGCUCACAGCUUUUUUUAAAUUUGGAGGUUCUGGUAACCUGUGGUGUAUUUUUUCUAUUUUCCUGUGAUUUUGGGUUUUCCCCCUUUUCCCCUUUCCCAUCCAUGUCUCUCCCACUAUGCACAGAUUAAACUUAACCUGCAAACUCCUUAGUGUGGUCUGUGGGGAAUGUACAAAGUUUAAACACAUCAAUAAACACUUUAACUUCCACAGAGAA